AUGGGAAACUUUAUCAGUUGGUUGGAGGACAACCUCCCCGAUCCCACCACAACCAAGGGCAAUGAGGGCAAGGCGAGAGGGGCUCAGCCCAAGUCAGUCUCGAGCAUGGUCUCGACUCUGGUUCCCGUCCUUGUCGCGUCAGCUGUCUACAUCAUCAUCUUCCUCAUAUUUCGUAAAUCCAACAGGCGUUUCUAUGCACCUAGGACCUACCUUGGCUCUCUACGCGAGAAUGAACGAAGCCCUCAAUUGCCCAACGGCCUAUUCAAUUGGUUCGGAACCUUUUGGAAGAUUCCUGAUGCCUACGCCCUGCAGCACCAAAGUCUCGAUUCUUAUCUCUUCAUCCGCUUCCUUCGCAUUUGCUGUACCAUCUGCUUUGUGAGUCUCUGCCUUACAUGGCCGAUUCUUUUCCCAGUCAAUGCCACCGGUGGCAAUGGAAAAUCGGAGCUUGAGAUUCUGUCCUACAGUAACAUCAACAUCGACAACUCAACUCAGAGAAACAGGCUAUAUGCCCAUUGUUUCGUCGCUUGGAUUGUCUAUGGCUUCGUCAUGUACACCAUCAUGCGCGAGUGCAUCUUCUACAUCAGUGUACGACAAGCUUUCCUGCUUACUCCCCAGUAUGCCAAGCGUAUCUCGUCCCGUACUGUCCUCUUCACUUCGGUGCCCAAGGACUACCUUGACGAGGCCCGCAUCCGCACUCUCUUCAACAAUUCGGUCAAGAACGUUUGGAUUCCCGGUGAGACCAAGGACUUGGACAAGAUCGUCGAGGAGCGCGACGAAGUUGCCAUGAAGCUCGAGAAGGCAGAGGUUAAGCUGCUCAAGCUGUGCAACAAGGAGCGCAUCAAGUCUAUGAAGAAGUCAGGCGCUGAAGCCGAGAAGACUAACUCUGCCACUACCGACCCUGAGACUGGAGACCUCGCCACCCGCUACAUUCCCAGCAAGAAGCGACCUUCUCACCGUACUGGACCCCUUGGACUCAUUGGCAAGAAGGUUGACACCAUUGAAUGGGGCCGUGAGGAGCUCAAGACUCUGAUUCCCAAAGCCGACCAAGCCCAGAGCGACUGGCUUUCUGGUAACUACGAGAAGCACUCUGCUGUUUUCGUUGAAUUCUACACUCAAUCUGAUGCUCAGGCUGCCUACCAAACCACCACUCACCAUCAUGCUCUCCAAAUGGCUCCUCGACACAUCGGUGUCAAGCCUGAUGAGGUUGUCUGGAAGAGCCUCAAGUUCCCUUGGUGGCAGGUUGUCAUUCGCCGAUACAUCAUUUCCUUUCUCAUUGCUGUUCUCAUUAUCUUCUGGGCUAUUCCUGUGGCUAUUGUCGGUGUUAUCGCCCAAGUCAACACUAUCAAGUCUCUCCCAGGCCUUACAUGGAUUGGAGAUAUCCCCAGCGUCAUUCUCGGUGUCGUCUCUGGUCUUCUGCCCUCUGUUGCCCUCGCUAUCCUCAUGUCAUUGGUUCCAGUUUUCAUGCGCAUUUGUGCCAAGCAAGCUGGUUGCGUUUCUGUUUCCCAGGCUGAGCUCUACACACAGAACGCCUACUUCGUCUUCCAGGUCCUCCAGGUGUUCCUCGUUCAGACACUUGCCAACAGUUUCGUUUCUUCCAUCGCAACCAUUGUCAAGGACCCCAGCCAAGUCUUCUCCAUGCUGUCCUCCUCUAUUCCUACUGCGUCCAACUUUUACAUCUCCUACUUCAUUGUUCAGGGUCUUACCAUUGCCACCAGUGUUCUGACUCAGGUCAUUGGCUGCGUCAUUUUCAACCUCGUGUACAAGUUCUUUGCCAGUACGCCUCGCGCUAUGUAUAAGAAGUGGACUACGCUCAGUGCCCUGACCUGGGGAAGUCUCCUGCCCGUUUACACCAACAUUGCUGUCAUCAGCAUCGUUUACUCUAUUAUUGCUCCAAUCAUUCUUUUCUGGUCAACUCUCGCUAUGGCCUUUUUCUACCUCUCUUACCGCUACAACAUCCUGUUUGUCACUGAGACUACGAUCGACACUAGGGGUCUUAUCUACCCUCGUGCCCUCAAGCAGCUUUUUGUCGGUGUCUACCUCGCUGAGAUCUGCCUCAUUGGCAUGUUCAUCAUCUCCAAGGCUGCCGGUCCUGCUGUCCUGAUGGUUCUUUUCCUCAUCUUCACUAUCCUGUUUCACAUCACCCUCUCCAAGGCUCUCAACCCUCUCCUUUACAACCUUCCUCGCUCGCUCGAGGUUGAGGAGGAGCGCAUCCAGAACAGCCAGCAGGUCUCAGAGGUUGAGGAUGGACAUGUCAACAACGGUAGUGGUAGCGGUGCUGCCUCUAACGGUGCAGGCAAGAGCAACGGGUUCGGCAAGUUCGUACCUGGUGGUGCCGAUGGUGUUCAGAAGAAGGGUAACUUGUUCUCCAAGUGGCUCAAGCCUUGGGUUUACGCCGACUACGCGACCAUGCGCCAGCUUGUGCCUCACGAGAGCACCAUGGGUAUUGAGUACUCUGACGAGAUCGAGAGAGAAGCCUACUUCCCCCAUUCAGUCACCAGCGAUACUCCCAUUUUGUGGAUCCCUGCGGACCCCGCUGGUAUCUCGAAGCAGGAGGUACGCAACACGAGCAAGGUGAUCCCCAUCUCGGAUGAGGGCUGCACACUCAACGACAAGAACCACAUCGAGUGGGACACUGAGGGCGCACGACCUCCCAUCUGGACGGAGAAGAUUUACUACUAG